AUGACACCACCUGAAGAAAUCGCAUAUUCUAAGCAAUCCAUCCUAGAGUUACAGGAAUAUCUCGAAGACAAUGAAAACAUCAUUAUUAAUUCAGAUAUCUUGACAACAGAGAAAAUAAAGGAGCUUCUUGAUCCAUGGACUUGGUUAUCAUCAGAUCAUAUCAAUGCAUACUUUUCCAUGCUUAAUACCAAGUAUCCACAAAUUUAUGUAUUUCCAUCAUACUUUUACACAAAAUUAACAGCUAAUCAAGAAUAUAACUAUGAAGGGGUGAGACGUUGGACUAAAAGGACAUGUAUAUUUGAUAAAGAGACAGUUUUUAUUCCGAUCAAUUUUAGCGAUUCACAUUGGGUUUUAGCAGUGCUACGAAUGCAUCAACGAAAAAUUGAAAUAUGGGAUUCACUAGGUGGACAACAUCACAAGAAAUCUAUCAACGAAAAUAUUAAUCAAUAUUUACGAGAUGAAUAUAGAGAUAAAAAACGAUGCAAAAAUGUGAAGACAAAAGAAUUUGAAGAAUGGCCAGUGAAAGUGAAAUUUCGAAGAGGAAAAACGCCACAAACGGAUGCAAAUUCGUGUGGAGUUUUUAUUUGUUUUUUUGCCAGAUUAUUAGCCGAAUGUUAUGAAGAUGAUGAGAUAUUGGAUAUAUUGUUUAAUCAUGAUGUAAUUGAACAUUAUCGAGAAGUAAUGGUCACAGAACUUUGGGAACGUUGUGCUAUCGCUAUGUUUGAGGAUUAUAAAUGUCUUUAUAGAAAUAUAUCAACACGAAUAAACGGUAAAUCUACAAAAUUGAGUAUAAAUGGGUUUACAAAUGGACAGCAGAAUUAA